AUGAAAGCCGACGAGAACGAGCUUGAACAGCAGAGUACCGAAGCUGCUGUCAAAUACUGGUUAUCAGAGGCAGGGAAGCUCCAGCCAGAGCAGCGCCUCCUUUUCCAGCGAGGCGCGGAAGCGGACAGCUACGAAGACUAUGUGUCGGACUUGACCCGCGCAGUCCAGAAUACCACCAACUCGAGCAAAGUUUCCAGGCUCUCGAGGAAGAUGAAGCCCGUUUGCGCACUGGUCAAGUCAGUCGCGCCGCUGGUAGCCUCUGCGGACCAGGGCAGCCCAUUCCCGCCAUCUCUGGUCAUCGGAGGCAUCACUUGCAUUUUGUCGGCCAGCAACCGCGUGGACGAUUACCAAAGCAAAGUCAUUGAGAAGAUGGAGGGAGUGGUUGACGAGAUUGAUUCUAUCAACCAAUAUCGCAGAGAAGGGAUUUUCCAGGAUGAUCCUGGAAUCAAGGCAUGCGAACUGAACCUUGCCACUGAUAUUUUUCGAUUCUGCGUGAGAGUGGCACCCGUUUUCUACGAUGAAAAGGGGAAGGAAAGAAAUGGUCUUUCCGUGGCUAUGAAAAUGCAAUUCAAGGACUUCGACACCAAGUUUGGCGACAUCAUGGCACAUUUCAAACAACACCUUCGUGCUCUGGAGAAUAGGAGAGGCUUGAUCAACAAUCGAUGGACCAAAGAAACACAUUUCGGGGUCAAGGAAAUGGGACUCUUCAUGGGGGAAAACUCGCAGGACAAGAAGGAAGCGAUGGAAGAAAAGCUGCGACAGCAAAAGCAAGAUGAGGACAACGAAAGAGGUGAAGUAUCGUCCACAAUUCUGCAAUUGCUUUAUACUGACUACCUGGCAGCGCAAAGACGGAAAGAGUUGCUCGACUGGCUUCCCUUCAUUGACUUUGGAGAAUUUCACGACAACGCAUUUGAGAGAAGUGUCGAUGGUACAGGAGACUGGCUCACCAAGAACAACAACUACAAGGCAUGGAGUGACAGUUCAUCGUCAUCUAUGCUGUGGAUUCGUGGGAAGCACGGCUCUGGGAAAUCCCACUUGGCGUCCUGUAUCAUCGAAAAGCUAUUAUUGGAGGCAAAGACUGCUCUGGGCAAUGCUGUAGCAUUCGUCUAUUGUACCACGACCCAGUCAAAGACCGAAAUGACACUCAACAACCUCUUGGGCUCCCUUCUGAGGCAGAUUUGUAGACAGCUUCCACCAAGUCAGGAUGUCAAAGACUUGAUCUCGAGAGAAGAUUACAGCAGCAAAGAAUCCCCUCGGCGAAGCGAUCUCAAGAGUGGCAUUCUGAAAGCUAUCUCGGCAUGUCACGCGAGUUCAAUCAUAGUCGAUGGUCUUGAUGAAUGCAGCAAACUGAACGACAGCCAUUUCAAGGAGUUUUGCAAUUUCAUUGCUAGUCUGGUAGAAAGUUCAGGUACUGUCACAAAGAUCAUAGUACUGAGCAGACCAAAUUACGGCGAGAUCGACAAGAUUAUGGAAAAUGUCUCCUAUAUCAUAGAUGUCGAUACGGGCGCUAAUCAUGACGACAUUGAGAAGUUUGUGUCACAGACUGUCUCCGAAAUAAAUCCAGAGCCCUCGCAAGAAGAACUGAAUGAUUUUGAAGAAAUCAAGAGCAAACUCGUCAACAACGCAGCAGGAAUGUUCUUGUAUGUUCGUUUGAAGGUGCGAGAUUUUGGAGAUCUCGGAAAUGCCGAAGACAUCAGAGCCUCUUUGGAAGACACCGUGGAAGACUUAAACGAUUUGUACGGACAUGCCAUCAACUUAAUACUUGAGAAGCGUUCGCCCUUCAGAGAAAGAGCCCUGAUGGCACUCCUCUGGAUCACAAACUCUCGCCGCCCAUUGUCGAAGAUGGAGUUACUCGAAGCUUUAUCGCUCAAGCUCAAGCGAAAUAGCAUCAAAAGCAGCCAGAGGUUAAAGAGCGACUACCAAAUCUGCAGACAAUGUGCGGAUCUCAUUACUGAGACUGGGGGCUUUUACUACCUCAUUCAUGGAUCACUCGAAGAUUAUCUGCUCUCAAAUUCUGUCGGCCUUUCUGAGUAUCGCGCACUACAAUCCCAGGCUCACGAUAUCAUAGCCGAGGCUUGCCUCAGCUAUCUCAACUUUGACGACUUCCAGAAGAAUCGGGCGCGAGCGCCAAGCGAAUUGUUUCAGUUACAACAGCAGUAUCCCCUGCUGCACUACGCAUCGUCUCAAUGGGGAGGCCAUUACAAACAAGCGAGCUUACUCGGAGACAGAGGGUCUGAAAUCAGAAAGCUUUCUCUAAAGCUUUUGUCGGUAGAUAGCCUUGUCCAUUUAUGUCUCAAGGUAAUCAAUUUGCAUGAACUUGCUCCGGAAGAUCUCACCCCCGUCGAGGCUUACUUCGACUGGAAGCCAACCGCAGUUCAUCUCAUCUGCGCACUCGACCUGAGAAGUCUGGUUGAAUCUAUACCGCGCUGUGUAGAUCUCAUUGAUCAUUUCGAUCAUAUAGGAUGGGCUCCAAUCCAAUAUGCUGUGCACUUCAACAGUAAGGAUAUGUGCAUUUGGAUAUUGGAAACUAUUCAAGAGAGACAGGACAAGCAAGCGCUGAUCGACGAGCUUGUUGGCGACAAAUAUUGUUUGCUCCAUUAUGUAGUAGAUCGGAAUUGGGACGAUGUGUUGCGGCACUUGCUUUCCUUCAACUGCAAUCCAGAUGUACGGGACAACUAUGGCGAAACACCUUUGCAUUGCGCAAUACAGUCUGGCUGCCAUCGUUCUUUUGAGAUGCUACUUGCGGCGGGCGCAGAUGUUACCAUCGGAUCAGAGGAUGGCACAACACCUCUAAUCGAAGCCGUUGGUAGUGGUGGGCUGAAGUUUGUCAAAGAAAUACUCGACAAAAUCACAGAUAUGACAAGGAGUCCUACCAUAGCUUCUGCUCUCAACCGGCAGACUCAACCCGACGAUGUUCAGAGGCUUGAGCUUAUCAACCACAGUCGGCACAAUGGCGAAAAUGCCUUUUUGCUCGGCUGCGCACUAGGGUCUGGAUCUGUAGUGAAAAUGCUUCUCGAACACGGCGCAGAUAUAAAGGCUUUGAAUGCCGCACGUAAAGGCGAAACCGGACUACACGUAGCCUGCACUCACGGCCAAUGCGACGUUAUUGACAUUUUGCUAUCUAGGCACGAAGCAAUUGACUUGAUAAACGCACAAGAUCUUGAGGGGUGUACGCCUCUCCACAAUACCGUUUACCGUCGAGAUCUUGCAGUUGCAUCUAAACUACUGCAACAUGGAGCACAACCUGAUCUCUUCAACGUACAUCGCUUUACGCCUUUAGCAGCAUCAAUCCUUUCAGGGGCCUAUGACUUUGCCGAGGCCCUCAUUGCCGACUACAGAGUGAACGCCCUAUCGGGGCCUGACAACAAUACCGCACUACACUGUGCAGCUCGCGUUGGAUGGUCACGAAUUCUACAAAUCAUCCCGAAUAUGUCAAUAUGGUCUCAAACUCAGCACAAGAAACAUACGCCUCUCCAUGUGGCAGCUGAGAAAAGUCAAAUUGAGUUCAUGGCAGAAUUCAUAAACCUGCCUUUUGCGCCGGAGAUAUUCCCACUCGACAAAUUUGGCAGAACACCGCUUCACACGGCUGCUGCUGUUGGUGCUCUAGGAGUGGUCGAGUUGCUAUUGAAGACCGAGCCUUCCUCACUACUCCUCAAAGACGAAGGUCAAAAUCUCCCACUUCAUUUGUCUGCUUGCAAUGGACAUCUUGCCUGUACGCAACUCUUGACAGCCGCAGAUAUUAUCAACGAGCGCAACAAAUACGGCUGUACACCCCUCUGGCACGCCUGUAGAGGCGGACAUGAAGACAUCGUUGAAUAUCUUGUGGAACAGAAUGCCGACAUUGAUCUGUGCGAUAUCGAGGGAUGUUCCCCUGUUGGUAUCGCUAUUAUACACGAGCAGGAACAAAUUGCGACCUCCCUCCUUGCUCGAGGGGCAGAAUGCCAAUCGCGGGGCCCCAACGGCGACACACCACUCCAUAACGCCGCGGUCAAGGGAAGUCAAGCCAGCAUCACGCACUUGAUUAAGGCGGGAUGUAAUCCGUUGAUACAGGACAAUUAUGGGGCGACUCCAUUGAUGAGAUCGAUGUUCGGCGGCUGGCCUGAAGCUGUCGCUUUGUUGCUUUCGGCAGCCCCGAAAGCUGCCCAGAUUCGUGAUCACCAAGGCCGAAGCUGCAUGCAUAUCGCCACCCAUCUACAGUCACCACAAAUAUUGGAGAUGCUGCUUGUCGAAGAUUAUGGAAACCACCAAUCAAUAGACAAUCUGGGAUUCGACGCGAUGUGUCAUGCCGCAGAACGAGGAGCUGCUGUGAUGAUAGAUAUCUUAUCCAAGUUCGGGGUUCCACUCAGCGGCGUUGCGGGCAAUUCCUACAGCCCGCUGUGGUUGGCAGCGGCUAACGGGUGCUCAAAUUUCCUCCGAGAAUUCCUCAACCGCGAGAUUGAUCUUGAAGAAGAUUUGAGGCGAUGUUGUGGUCCUCGUGGCGCAGAUGCACUCAAUAUCGCUGCUAAGAAUGGGAACAUGGAGGCGACUUACGUCCUGCUACAACUCGGCGCAGACCCAACGACAACAAAUCGGUUGGGCCUAUCUGCCAUUGACUAUGCUUGCAACUUUAAUUUCCUUCAGUCAUUACUCACGGCCUGGCUCCCGACACCUCGCUCUUUGCCUAGUAAGCCCCGGCUACAAGCUCUGCGGACGGCUAUUAUCGAAGAUUGCAACAGGUUUACAAGUAUGAAUGUGAAGGAUCUCACAAAUCCAAAUACCUGGAGUCUUUGGAUAAUCUUGCAAGACGAGCUAGCUCUUCUCAACUCGAGAACAAGUCGUCAGCAGUUACAACUCCUUGUCGCAAUCCGUUUCCAGGCUGCUCCAGCCUUGGUUAACUGUUUUUACAGAUGUGACUGGCGGCCGAACAAGGUAUCUGGCAACCCUAUCUUUCUGCAUUUUGGAAAAUCUCGUUUCCAUACGCUCUGCAAUCAGUGCCAUCAAGAUUAUAUGGGCUGUGUGGAGAGAGGCCAAACUCCCUUACUCAAGUUUUUCUUCAAUGAAUUGGAGAGGAGUACGAUGCCUGUACUAGAAGUGAUACAAGUCUCGUGGAAUAAACAGCCUGACACGCUUCGGAUGUGCCUGAAUUCCUUGGAGUUUAUCGCCGAUUGGCUCGAAGCAAUCACAGGUGCAUAUCCGAAGUGUGUCAAGGAGAGCAGGUUUUCCGCGCAAUUUUAUCCUUUCACUCUCCCUGGAUGGAGUUUGACCGAAGUCCUCAAGCGAGUUCAGGUGUCCGAACUAUAUCGAUAUAGGACGAGAGGCGAUUCCAAAGCGAAAUUGAGAAAAUGGCGAGUCUUCAACAGCAACCUCAAACAAGAUCUUUCUCAGCUCAUUCCACUUCAAAGCCCAUACAGCGAAACUCCUCAUGUUUACCAACCGGGGGAUAGCUAUAUCGGAAUCAACGAAACGGGUGCCUCGCCACUCGAAACCCAAAAUUACUUUGAUGAGCAAGGUCAAUUAUGCAAUACUAUUUUCAAAGAAAUAUCAGAACAUUAUACAGGCCUAGAUUUGAACACCAUGGACGAGAUUACUGAUAUGGACUCAGGGUCACUUCCUUCAAAUGAAGCAAAAUCGCCGGCUGUGUCAUCGAGUCAAGAAUUCGAAUCUGAUGUGCCGUUUGAAGCCGAAUUCGGAAUAAUGCGAAGGGUUUUAGGGCAUGACACCACGAAAUUCCUAGCAAUCUUCAUACCAACUGGUCAAAGAGAAUCCAUUCUUCGCGAUAGUGCUGAAGAACUUCUGACGAAAUUGUCGUUUGUCUACCUAAAACGCCAGCGGUUGCGUGAAGAAAGUGCGGAAUUCAAAAAGACAAACAAUCAGAUCGAGGCAUACGAGCUUUCAUGGAGGCUUCUUCAUGCAAUACUCAACAUUGAAUAUACACAGCCGGUUUGGGACUUUUGGCACGAAAGGGUCUCUCGUGAGAAUGCGGAGGUAAUACAGGAUCCAGGUAGCAGUCAACAGACAGAAAAAGCUGAGCAAGCUUUGGGGCAAAAAGCUGGGUGGUAUCCAAGGCUGGCUUCCACAUAUGUUGCCCCUAGGUCUAGUUGA